UAAACCAUUUUGCUGGUACUGAAUGAAAUGCCACGAUUUCCUGAUUGUUGGCGCUGUGGGAAAAAUUCGGCAACUGUAGUUUGUGAUUUAUGUCAAGUGGCGAAGUACUGCAGUAUAAAAUGUAAAGAAAAUGACAAAGCAAGACAUACAGACGCUGAAUGUCACCCAGCAAGAAUUAUGAAGAAAUGUUCAUCAUGUCGUAAAAGAAGUUCAUCUUUACAAACUUGCAGUGGCUGUUACCGUGCUUUUUACUGUGAUAAGAAAUGUCAACUAAAUCAUCGAAAUGAGCACAAAGUUGAUUGUAAAAAUAGCACAGACAAGAUUAGAUUACUUGCUGGUGAACUUGACAACUAUUUCUUUGCUAAUGAAGCAAGAUAUCUUUCUAAACACUAUUACUGGGGCAAUAUGCCCAGCGUAGACUAUCUUAAUUUAUCUGAAAAUGAAGGCAUCGACUAUGCUUCAGAUUUAAAUGUUUUAGUAUUGGGUGUUGGUGAUUUGAGGAACGUUGUUUUGACUUGUGCAUCGUUGCCUGAAACAUAUUCAAGAAAUCUGUUGUUCGUUUUAAACGAUUGUGAGGAAUGUGCACUGGCAAGAUUGGUUCUGCUGCUUUUUAUUUUGAUAAAAGGUGUUUCAAAUGUUGAUAAAAUAGUGACAGAAAUUUGGUAUUCGACAAAACUAAGUCAAAUUACAUACAGUGUUUUGAGCUCAUCGCUUGAAGAACUUCUGUUGAUGAAAAAUGCUGAAGUUUUCAACCGUGUCACUAAUGGAAUUGUGAAUUUGAAUGAAAACAACCUUAUUGAAUAUCAAAAAGUUUGGAGACGAUGGUUCGACAUGAAGGUAGAAGGAAGUAACAAUAUUUGCAAAGAGCGUGAAAUGCUACUUGCAUCGUAUCCUGACUAUAUUAUUGGCAUUGAGAAUUACUAUAAAUGCAUCCCUCAUCAACAUAUUCCAUCUGCCGAGAAGUACAUGACAGACGGUAUUUUUCAUCGUACUGGAAACUCUCUUAACUAUGAGAAUCCUACACUAACAGGACCUGACAUUUCAGUUAAAGAGGGGAAUAUUAUGAUAAGAGACGAAUCGUACAACUAUUGCAUUCCUGCAGACGUUUUACCAUUUUGCGGCUGGGAUUUUUUGAAAGUGAAGAAAAUUAAGCACGAUAAUUCACUGGUCAAAAUGUUUGGGAAAUAUAUUGAGCAUCAGUUGCGUCGUUUCAUAAAUAAAAUUACAUCUGGAAAUGUGAACUUUCAAAUUCUGCUCGGAAACUGCAUUAACAAUGAUUUGUUAAUAAACAAGGGCAUGAAAUUUGAUAGAAUUUUGACAUCUAAUCUCAUCGACUAUAUUUUUCUUCCGGACUUGUUAAGAAAUUAUUCUGUGUUGCUAAAUCGAAGAAACAAGUAUGCAACAUUGAUUACAGAAACUCAUAACUGGAAGAAAUUUUGUCCUGAUGCUGACGUAAGCAGCAUGACGCCAUUUACAAAUCCCUUUGUGACAGAGCACUUGAGGAGGAUUGUAAUGCAGGACACAAAUGAUGCAACAUUUGCAAACGAUGGCGGAACGACUUUUAGGGAGUAUUUAAACAAUACUUCAGAACUUCAUGAUUACCUUCGCGCCUUGUUCCACGUGUAUCACAAACGUCAAGAUGCCAAAAGGUCGAAGACAAUAAAGUUACCUAUUUUAAAAGAUUUGGGCAAGGAAUUUCAGUUGCAAAUGAGAGAUCUCCAACGUAAUGAAAACAGAAUUGUCUUCUUCAGAUUGGUAAUUAAUCGACGAAGGGUAACCAUGAUUUCUGGUAGAGAACGAUGCAUCGAAUGGGUGGCAUCCACAUAAAAACUUAAAUGGGGUGUCUGCUAAUAUUAUGAAAAUACUUUUUUAAAUAUCUUAUAUAGCUAACGUUGUAAUGUCUUUUUCACGCUUUAUUCAAGUAUUAAUGUAUGUGUUAUCGAAUUUAACUCUUUGGCGUCGGUCCCUAGUAAUUUUCGGUCGUUGACGACCUACGAAGUUCAUUGUGUCAUAACUUUGGAUAUACAAAACGUAAAAUAAUAUACUCAACAUUGAAUUAUGGCUUAAUAAACGAUCUUUUAGGUAGUGUAAA